GCACGUCCCGCGCUUUUACGCACGGUCUCUUUGCAGUAAUGCAUAAACGUUGUUUUGGUGUUAUGACACUUGCUUACUCGAUAUUUUACAACUAAUAAAAAAUAAGAAAUUAAAGAUGUUUACAUUUGGUUUAUGGCUAGAGCUUGUGAUAAAGCGAAUUAGAAUUCCAUUCCGAUUCUAAACAAUGUGUAAUGACGUAUUCCAUCUCUAUGCGACCGAGAGGGUCACAAUACCGACGCUUCACAUGGAACUCCAGAACCCAAGAGAUAUGUUCAGAACUCUCAAAAAAUCUUCAGUUCUUGAUCGACAAACAACGAGAGAGACAGCAUUAUUAUGGCGAGCUUUUCAUUCAUCUUCCCUGAAGACAGACAUUGUUCCGUUAAGGACAACGAAGUCAAUUCAGGGUGGAUGUCAAUGGUGACCCAGCUCAACGCCCUUGGCGGUCCAGAGUCAGAGAGUCAGAAGUUCCGUCAGAGCUUUGCAGAGGAACUUGGUGACAAGUACCACUACUCGAAUGCCAUCGACAGCUCUCUGCUCUGGACUGUUGGGUACACCCCCUACAUUCCCGCAGCUCUGAAAGGAAGAAGCUUCCCCUCUGUCGAGAGCUUCUUCCUGGAUGAGUGGGAGCCACUGACACUCCUGCAGACUCCUCAGGUUCUGUCCACCAGUGUUUCCAUCGAGGAAGACAACCUGAUCCAGUCUGCUGCAGGCCUAGUGUCUCAGGUUCUGUCCACCAGUGUUGCUAUCGUGGAGAAUGACCUGAUCCAGUCUGCUGCAGGCCUAGUGUCUCAGGUUCUCUCCACCAGUGUUGCUAUCGUGGAGAAUGACCUGAUCCAGUCUGCUGCAGGCCUAGUGUCUCAGGUUCUGUCCACCAGUGUUGCUAUCGUGGAGAGUGACCUGAUCCAGUCUGCUGCAGGCCUAGUUUCUCAGGUUCUGUCCACCAGUGUUGCCAUCGUGGAGAAUGACCUGAUCCAGUCUGCUGCAGGCCUAGUGUCUCAGGUUCUGUCCACCAGUGUUACCAUCGUGGAGAAUGACCGGAUCCAGUCUGCUGCAGGCCUAGUGUCUCAGGUUCUGUCCACCAGUGUUUCCAUUGUGGAGAAUGACCGGAUCCAGUCUGCUGCAGGCCUAGUGUCUCAGGUUCUGUCCACCAGUGUUUCCAUCGUGGAGAAUGACCUGAUCCAGUCUGCUGCAGGCGUAGUGUCUCAGGUUCUGUCCACCAGUGUUGCCAUCGUGGAGAGUGACCUGAUCCAGUCUGCUGCAGGCCUAGUGUCUCAGGAGCUGUCCAGCAGUGAUGCUAGAGUGAAGGAUCGUGAUGAUUCCACACUGAGAGACUCCAACCAACCUGAGGUCCAUGUGGCUGAUGUCUCAACCAAGAGAAGUAGACUAGUCAUCACUAUUUCUAUGUUUUCAACCGAGAGUUGCAAUGCUUCGGUCCAUGAAGUUGAUGCUAUUGCUACCAGCCUGGAGCACUCUGCUGAGAAAAUGUCUACCUCUACCGCUGAUGGCCACAUUGUUUCAUCCACUGCUGUUGCCAAUCAGAAGAAAACAAGGGGUGGAUUCGUCUCAGCUCUUCGGAGAUUGUUUACGAGAAAGAACAGGAAGCCUGCUAAAGUGGCUUCCAAGAAGGAGCACAUUCACUUGGUUGACCGCCUCAAUGCUGAAGUCACCCACUGAGGACACUCACUCAUUGCUGAAAGCAUCCAGAAUGAUGCUUCUGUUUCUCCUCAGCGCCACCUACACCCCUGCCCCUCUCCCCCACACCAAACCCUACCAGGGUUGGGGUGAAAUCCAGAUCAAUUCAGUCAAUUCAGGAAGUAAACUGAAAUUCCAAUUCCAAUUGUUUCUCAUAGGAGGCAAUGAGGUAAAUUUGAAUUGCUAUUGGAAUUUCAGUUUAUUUACUGAAUUGACUGAAUUGAAAAUGAAUUGACCCCAACCCUGAUCCCUAAGCCCCCACCCCAUCCAUUUCUAUCUUCAGUAAAUUUUGUAGAAUUUUAUUUGAAUGUGUUUUGUAUCUUCAUUAAAACCACAAUACAUCUCUAAUGAGGGUCACUCAUGUUACACAUCUAGAUUUAUCCUCAAAUAUCGUAGAAUUCAACAAAUGCAGUGGUUUAGCAGUUCAACUUCAGUACUUGUCAAUGAGUCAUUGCACUGUGACCUUCAGAAACAUGUAACAUUGUGGAACAAUUGAAAACUUUUGCUGACAUUCUGUUACAAUGUAACUACACUGAACGAAAAUAUUAACGCAACAUGUAAAGUGUUGGUCCCAUGUUUCAUGAGCUGAAAUAAAAUCCCAGAAGUGUUC